AAUUCAUUUACGAAAAUAUGUGAUCUCCAUGCUUCUUUCUUCAUUGUCUCCUUCCCUUCCCACCACCUCUCCCUUCUUUUUUUCCUUUUCCUUGUCCUCUGGAAAGAUAAAGAGAGAACAUUUGAUAAAGGUCAGUAUUCAUUCAUUAUGAAAAUUCACAGCAAACUUAGCAUAGAAUGGAACUCUUUCUCCUUGAUAAAGGGUAUCUCUCUCAUGCUGUCAGCAAACACAAUUCAUAAUGAUGAAAUCUUCAUAAUAACCACAUCAGAAUCAAGAAUUACCCUAGUGUACCCACUGUCUCAGCUUGUAAUCAAUAAUAUACAGGCGGUCCUAGCUGGUGCAAUAAGACAAGAAAAACAAACAAACAAAAAAACCCUGUAAGACCUAGAAAAAAUGAAGCAAACUUUUUUAUUCAGAAAAUACUGCCAACACACAAUACUCAAUGCCUUUUUCUGUUUUUUUUUUUCAACCUUUUUAGUGAGAUGCCCUCCUUCUCUGUCUUAAAACUGCAUGGUGGGGGUACUGUCCACACUUGAAACAGAUAUCUUGUUUCUGGGCUUAGCACUGACCUUGCCCAGCUUGGUCUGGCAGCUGAGUUGUCUCUGCAGGUUGUAUUCUGUCAUCUCUUUGUAAAGCCCGAAAGCAUCCUUGGAAUUGCAUUUGCUGGUUUUCAGUAGAGCUAUUUACCUAGAAUCUGGAAACAUUUUCCCUGAGGGCUCUUUUUAGAUAGCAGUAAAAUGCAGCUGGAGACAUACUGAGUAAAUGGAAAAGAAAAAUCAAAUUAGGCCAAGAAUUUUUUUAAUCUCCUAUUCUCACUGAAGCCCUCAAGGAGAAAUCAUAAUUCAUACUUUGCUCAUGUGGGUCAGGCAUAAAGCCUCCUCAAUAGAUCCAAUAACCUGCAAAUGUUCUGGUUUUAAAAUUGUACCUGCCUGCUUUGCUACAUCAGAGCUCUAAAUCAGGCAGCAACAGUUUCUGGUUCAAUUGUUCGUUACUCGGGAAUGUCAGAUUGCCAGAGAGCAGCCUGAUAUUUACUUCCAAAUGGCUAAUGCCUUAGGAAAGGAGUUUUAAUUACAAUCUCAUGUAGCAGCGCGGCAUACAGCCUGCAGAGUGGCUGGCAUUUGCAGUGUGCAUGUAUCUCCUAACUGCGUAGGAAACGCCCAUCGACUGGGUCAUAUGAAAUGGACAGCAAAGUCAGCAAAACCUUAGAAAAGAUGAUACAGCAAGGGGAACAGAACUGAACCUUCCCCCAUCCCACCAAGCGUGCAAUGCUCCCUGCCCCUUUUUAAAGCGGGAGAACCCAAUUGGCGUUUGCCCUUCAGCUUUCCCAUUCUAAUACAGAAUCUGUGAUCCAGCACCUUUAGCCAUUAAAAAUCUGGCGAUGAGUCUCCAGGCUCAGAGGUGCCUGCAGGAUCAUCUGAGACCAAGUCCUGCUGCCCUGUGAAAUCCCUCACCUCCUCGUUUGCUGCAAUGCAGUUUGUGCCACCAAAGGUGGUGAUACCACAACUCUGGCAUUUCCAGCCCGAAGCAGGAGUUUAUAUAGAGAAAUUCAGGGGAUGCUCAAGAGGGUGUGUAUGUGUGUGUGUGUGUGUGUGUGUGUGUGUGUGUGUGGAUUUAGUUUGCUGAUGAUGCAGCUGUGACGUAAAAAAUAUUUUAAAAAUCCUUCUCUGGGCACAGAUGCUCAGAAGCCAGGCCCUGGACAGGAAGCAUCCUGAAGGACACUGUCACCUGGAAGCAGAAGGGCUAUUGGAUCUUUUUCUUCAGCCCUUAAACAAUAGUAAACGUGAUUCCCUCAUAUUGAGAGAUUCAUCCUUUGCAUUUUGGAACUGAGCCUUCCCAGUGUUCAGAGAGUUUCCUACUGUCUGUUCAGCUUAGCAUGCCGGAAAGCUGGAGAGGUCCCCGGCAGCCCUGAUUCAUUCUCUGUCUUGGAAAAGUAUUUCACUGCUUCGAGAAAUAAUGCAGUGAAUCCUGGCAGCAUCGUGGAAUUAUUUUGCACUUUUUUUUUCUUUGGUCUUUUAAUUAUUUUUCUACUUAAAUGCCGAAAAGGUUGGGUCUAUUUCCAAGGGGGCUUCUGAUACCUGAGAUCAGCAAAGGCACAAAAUGACAUGAGAGUUUCUCGGCAAAAUUCCAAAUUCAGGCAAGAUUUUUCCAAGCACCUACUAUGUUCAAAACACCCUGCAGGGAUGCCCUGGAGAAUCUGAAGUUCUGGUUUAACCCUCGAAACUUUGAAAGCAAUGGCUGAAAAAGAAAGAUGAGCAUCUUGAGGCUCCCUCUGGAAAUGGUUGAGGUUCGCUACAACAAUUGGCAAGUUUGGCUUUUUCCAUCAAAAUUUGGUGUCUUCAUGUGCUGUCCGGCAUCUACUGCAGGUCAGAUGGAGCUUAGGAAGGCAAGGGAGCCUAGUAAUAAACGGGUCAAACCCCUUUCCAGAGUCACAUCGCUAGCAAACCUCAUCCCACCCGUGAAGGCCACACCGUUAAAACGCUUCAGCCAAACCCUACAGCGUUCCAUUAGCUUCCGCAGUGAGAGCCGUCCUGACAUCCUCACCCCCCGACCCUGGUCCAGAAAUGCCGCCCCCUCAAGCACGAAGCGGAGAGAUAGCAAGCUGUGGAGUGAGACCUUCGAUGUGUGCGUCAAUCAGAUGCUUCCGUCCAAGGAAAUCAAACGUCAGGAGGCAAUCUUUGAGCUUUCCCAAGGAGAAGAAGACUUGAUAGAGGACUUGAAAUUGGCAAAAAAGGCCUAUCACGACCCCAUGCUGAAACUCUCCAUAAUGACAGAGCAAGAGUUGAAUCAAAUUUUCGGAACACUGGACUCUCUCAUUCCUCUACAUGAAGAGCUCCUUAGUCAGCUUCGAGACGCUCGGAAGCCUGAUGGCUCCACUGAACAUGUUGGUCCCAUCCUCGUGGGCUGGCUGCCUUGUCUCAGCUCCUACGACAGUUACUGCAGCAAUCAAGUAGCCGCCAAGGCUCUGCUGGACCACAAAAAACAAGAUCACCGAGUCCAGGAUUUCCUGCAACGAUGUUUAGAAUCCCCCUUUAGCCGCAAACUGGAUCUCUGGAAUUUUCUUGAUAUUCCAAGAAGCCGUCUAGUGAAAUACCCUCUGCUUCUUCGAGAAAUCUUGAGACACACACCAAAUGAUAAUCCAGAUCAGCAGCACCUGGAAGAGGCUAUAAACAUCAUUCAGGGAAUCGUGGCAGAAAUCAACACCAAGACCGGGGAAUCUGAGUGCCGCUAUUAUAAAGAGCGGCUUCUUUACUUGGAAGAAGGCCAGAAAGACUCUCUAAUCGACAGCUCGAGAGUGCUGUGUUGUCAUGGAGAACUGAAGAACAACCGAGGCGUGAAACUUCAUGUUUUCCUGUUCCAAGAAGUGCUUGUGAUCACUCGAGCCGUCACCCACAAUGAGCGGCUCUGCUACCAGUUGUACCGGCAGCCGAUCCCUGUAAAGGACCUCCUACUGGAAGACCUGCAGGAUGGAGAAGUGAGGCUGGGUGGCUCCCUGCGUGGCGCAUUUAGCAACAAUGAGAGAAUUAAAAACUUCUUCAGAGUGAGUUUCAAAAACGGAUCCCAAAGUCAGACCCACUCGCUACAAGCCAACGACACCUUCAACAAACAGCAGUGGCUCAACUGUAUUCGUCAAGCCAAAGAAACAGUGCUGUGUGCUGCCGGGCAGGCUGGGGUGCUGGACUCCGAGGGACCGUUCCUCAAUCCCACCACUGGGAGCAGGGAGCCACAGGGAGAAACAAAACUUGAGCAGAUGGACCAAUCAGACAGUGAGUCAGACUGUAGUAUGGACACGAGUGAGGUCAGCCUAGACUGUGAGCGCAUGGAACAGACAGACUCUUCCUGUGGGAACAGCAGGCACAUUGAAAGCAAUGUCUGACAGAAGCGUGUGUACUUCCUGGAAGUAGCCCUUUGUCUUACCUGUACAGUAUUUGCAUUCCACACAUGGAACGGUUUGGAGAAGCACUUUUUAAUAUUUUUGUGACCGUGUUGACCCAGUUUCUUGUAUCUGUACCUUUGUCCUUAGUACUGUAACUGCCAAUCUGUCUGUGUAAGCUGGGAUCUGUGGCAACCGUUACCCUGUAUUGUAUUCCACAAGUGUCUGGAUAGAUGGAGGGGUACUUGAACAAGUUACUUUCAAUUGUCCUGCUGGAUUUUAAAACUAGAAAAGAAUCUCUAAACUACUGUUCCAUGUAGAUUGCUUAAGAGUCUUUCCAUGUUUCUAUAGUGCUUUUCUAGCCCUUUGACAUGGUAGCUGAAGGCAUGGAGUAUACAGGGCCUUGCAAAAAGGGCAUGAGGAAGUCACUUGUGUAUCAUGAUGGUAUUCAAAGGAAAAUGGGAAAAGAUCAAUCCUUGCAGUGAACUUGGUUCAAUGUUAUCCAACCAGAAAGCAUGAAAACAUCCCUGGGGAUCCUGGAUCCUUAAUUUUGCAAAGCAAGAAGCACUGUGUGGACCUUGCAAUGUCAUCCAGUGCAUAUUUGAUGCAAUAAUCUAUUAGGACGUGGAAUAGUGUCUGACCUUAAAAGGACCAGCACAAAAGCAGCCGUCAGCUCUGAAUCUUGAACUGAAAUGCAGUUGCACCGGGAGGAGGGAGUGUGUCUCUGUCAAAGUUGUUGGCUUGCCGUAGAGAGCCAUUUCUAGCCUAAAACACCAGAAUAGAACUCGAAAGGUUUGGGAAUAUCUGACAGAAUAAUGAGAAGGCCCAUCUUCGUUUUGUUUCAUCUGCCAAGCCGUACUCAUAUUUUGGAGCAUUGAGCAAGAGACUGCAGGAGAGUCCAUGCCUCUGUUCACAGAAACAUAUGAGAAGAAGAAUUUGGAAGAAGUGCUUCAUCAUGACCUGUUACAGGAAACAUUAAGAGAAAAGCCAGGUCUAGUGCCCUUCUGAGAAAGGCCAGAGCCUUGGGUUUUCCUGUUCUGCUUUUGGGUCAUCACUCUGCCACCUUGGCCCUGUGCUGUGAUCAGAGCCAUCAUUACAUUCUCCAAAGGCCAAUUUUAAUUAACUCUGAUUAAUUAGAAUCAAUUAGCGAAAUUAGUAACCUCUUUGUCCAGCUUUGGCUGACAGUGCAGGGUAGAUUGCAGAUCUUAAAAAAAAGCUAACUGAAUACACAGAAAAGCUCCCUGUGAGUGUAAAUAUUAAGGAUGACCUGUGCAAAAUUAUUCCCACACCAGCACUAGUAGUAAUGAUUCUAAAUUAUUGCCAAAAAGUUUUUUUUAAUCUUCUGUGUCUUUCGAGUUUACAGAAAGCAGUAAACGCUGUGUUGUCAUUUUAUGAUGUACAUCUAAUAUGUGCAUUCAAAGAAGCUGUGUGACAAGAUGUAUCAUUAUAAAAACAAGGUAAUAUUACUUAUUUUUCAAAAAUGAAAAAAAAUAUUGUGGUCACUUAUACCCUGUAAAACAGAUUUCUGUAUUUAUAGAUUUUAAACAUGGUGAAUUUUUUUUUCUAUUACAAGUUUAUUUAAAAUUGCUUUUGUUCUCAAAUUGUUAUUGAUUUAGCAAGUGAAUGAACUGCUGCAGAUAGAAGCAGACAGAAGCUGAGAACCUGUUGCUUGAUGGUGGGGGAAAGAGUGAAUCAUUCUCUGCAGGAGCCCUCGGCCACUUUGGCCAGUGGGUUGAGGCAAGAGGUCUGUCAAGUGCUGGCCUAUGGGAAGAAAGUGAAUGUUUUGAUGAAAUGAAUGUUUUUGUAUAAAGGCCUUAAACUUUUCUGGAAGCAUUUCAAAUAAAUUACAUUAAAAUGGCA